AUGGACAGUAAAAUUGAUACUGAAGAUUCAAAAGCAAAUGAUUUGACAAAUGUUAUGACCAGGAAUGAAAUCCCAUUAAAUUCAUUAUUUCCGUAUAAAGAAGAUUUAGCAUUAUGUGAAAAAUACAUUACGUCAAAAAUUUUAGUUCAUUUAAUGGAAAAUGUUGAUAUCUUAUGUAUAGGGGAGACUUCAAAAUCAUCUAACGAUACAAUUGUUGAUGAAUUAUAUUUGAAAUUUGAGAAAAAUCAUGAAAUGUUGGCUGAGGAAUACUAUUCUUUAAUUACCAAAAUAACUGAAUUAUCAACACAAGAGGGUAAUUUUGCAAUAGUCGAAUUUUUUUUGAGUCAUUUAACUGAUGAAAUGCGAUCACGUUGCAUAAAUGAACUUCAAAUUGAUGAGCAUGAGACCUCCAUUUUACAUUAUGUGACCACCUAUAAUGAUAUAAAAAUGGCUUCAUAUUUAACAGAAAAUAAUGUGAACAUAGAUUGUAGAGAUGUAUGGGGUAGAUCACCUAUAUAUAUUGCUUUGAAAAAAGGAAAUGAUGAUAUAGCGAAAUUUUUACGUGAGAGUUGUAUUUCAAAAUAUGAAUUAUUGCCAAGAGCAUUUAUAGAUACUAAUAUGAAAGUUGAAAUUCCUAAAGUCAAGUUUUCUAAAGAAGGACCAUGGCUUAUUAACAGAGUUCUUAAGGAGUUUUGUUCAGAGGAAGAAGUUCGAAAAAUAAAUAAUGCUAGAGAUUUCAAUGUUAUAAGCUGUUUUUUAUUAGCGUCUAGAUACGGGAACUCAGAGCUUUUGCAAUUUUUAUUAAAUCAGGAAAAUGAUUUUCAACGCAAUGAAUUCAUCGAAGCGCAAGAAAAAGCAUUACUUAUUGCAACUAUUUAUGGACAUUUUAAUAUUGUUGAAAUUCUAUUACAAGAUGUUAAAUUAGAUUCAAUUCGAGAUAAGUUCGGAAACACAGUUUUAUGUGUAGCAACUGAAUUUGGACAUUCACAUAUUAUAAGAUUGCUUUUACGUCAUGGUAAAUUUGAUAUAAAUGCACAAAACAAUAGUCUAGAGAAUUCUUUGCACAUUGCUGCUAAAUACGGUCAUUUUGAUAUAGUUGAAUAUUUAGUGAAUGCAAAGGCGGAAAUAAAUUUACAAAACAAUAAUGGUGAUUCCGCUCUUAUGUUGGCAAUUAGAGAAGGAUAUACAAAUAUUGUUAAAUAUUUAAUUGGUAAAGGCGCUAGUAUAUGUUUGUUAAACAAAUUCAAAGAAAAUGCUAUAUUCAUAGCUACUGAAUAUGGUCAUCCAGAAAUUGUUGCAUUACUGCUUCAAAUGACACCAGAACUAAAUCGUUCAAAUAUAUUUGAUGAAACACCACUUUUAGUAGCUUUACUGCAUGGAACAGAAAAUCGUCGGCUAAUAAUAAAAAGAAAUUCUGACUUAGACGUAAAUAAAUUAGAAAAAUUUUCGGCCGAAGACAUCAAAAUUUAUUAUGGAAAAUUUUUAUAUGGAUUUUGUUGUUCAAACAAUGUGAACUAUGAAGGAUCAUUAAGACGCAUCAUUAAAACCGAAAAUCAUCCAUUUCUAAAUAGGAAUUCGAAUAAUUACAAAAGAAUAGUUGAGUUAUUAGUAGAUCAUCAUGCUGAUAUACAUAAAACAAAACUUCGAAUAGCUUUCUUUGCUGCUGCAAAGGGGGGCCAUUUGAUGGCUUUGAAAAUGUUUUUAGGCCAAGAUGUGCAUAUUGAUCUUGAUAAGCCUGGUGAAAGUGCUCUUUUAGUUGCAGUGAAAGAUGGCAGAUUAGACGUUACUAAAAUGCUUUUAGAAGCAGGAAUACCUCCAAAUAAUUCAAAUGAAAACCCACUCUCUUUAGCAAUUAAGUACGAUCAUAAAUCAAUUGUAAAAACUUUAUUAGCAUAUGGAGCAGACAUUAAAAUGGAAGACAGCAAUGGCGAGACACCUUUGUUUGAAGCAUGUCGACAAGGAGCUUUUAAUUAUGUUUUCAAGUUCAGACAAAAUGGUGCAAAUUUGAAUUUGCAAAAUAAAAAUGGUGAAACACCCCUUUAUUUAGCAGCUUUUCAUGGGCACUUCAAAAUAGUUAAACUAUUGCUUGAUAAACAUGUUGAUGUCAAUAAAAAAACAUGGACUGGUGAAAAUGCUCUUCAUGUUGCUGCUUUUCGUGGAUAUUAUGAUAUUGCCAAAAUACUUUUAAAACGUGGCUCACAAAUUAUAAAUCAGAAUAAAAAAUCAAAUUUUUUUCUUCUUUUAGAAGUUCUAUUUAAUGGCUAUUACGACGUAGCUAAGCUUUUGAUAAAUUACGGAGCCGAUGUUAAUAUUCAAGACUAUUUUGGGGUAACGCCACUUUUAAUAGCUGCAAAAUUUGGUUUAUGUGAAAUAACAAAAUUAUUAUUGAAACAAAAAGUAAAUGUCGAUGAGACAAAUUUUAAUAACGAGACUCCUUUAAUAAUGGCAGCUGGAAGUGGCCAUUUUGAUAUUGUGAAAUUGUUAGUUGAAAAAAAAGCUGCCCUAAGUGAAAAAACUAGAAGCGAAGAAACUGCUUUAUUUGUCGCAUGUAAAAAUGGAUUUUUGCCCAUUGUAGAGUAUUUAACCCUUAAAUGUUUGAACGAUAUAAAUUUACCUAAUGUGGAUUCUUUCACGCCAAUUUUCAUAGCAACUGAAAAAGGUCAUUUUGAAAUUGUAAAAUUUUUAUUUGCUAAAAAUGCUAGUAUCUUACCGAACAAUUAUGAAGAAACACCAUUGUUUAUAGCAGCUCGACAUGGUUACGCUGAAAUAGUUAAAUUUUUUUUGGAAAAAGGCUCAAAAGUUGAUUCGGCAAACUAUGAAGGCAAAACGCCGCUGUUUGUUGCUUCUGAAAAUGGCCAUUUAAAAAUUGUUAAAAUUUUACUUGAAAAUGGUGCUAACGUUGACACAGUAACAAUAUUAAAAGAAACAGCGUUAUUUGUUGCAGUUAAGAAUCAAUACGAAGACAUAAUGAAAUUACUUUUAGAAAAUUAUGCUGACAUCGAAAUUGCAAAUAAUUGUGGCGAAACGCCAUUGUCAUUAGGUCAAACAUUGGGAUACGAUUUGAAAGCUAUGUGGUGUCAGCAUUGAUGCUUUCAAAAUGUUUGAGCAUUUUCGUAAUAUUCUUGAAGUUAGUUUGAACAGUUUAGUAAUAAUCAAGAAUGAAAAUGUUAUUAACAUUUAACACUAAUCCUCUG